UCUGCCGACCAAUGUCCUGAGCGUCGAGAGGCGGGGCGGCUCCUGAUGUGUGGCAGCGGCCGGGACCAAUGGGCACGUCGCCCGCGGCCUAUAAGAGUCCGCUGGGCUCCCGGCUGCAGGCGCUAGGGUCGGUCAGUCGUCGCCGUCCGAGGUGUGCCUUGGCUUUGUCUCGCCGUCGCUGCCGCCUCGUACCUGCCUCCGUGCCCCCCGCCUUGGCUCCUGCCCAGCCGCUCUUCCUGUCCUCUCCCCUUAACCACCCCCACGGUUUCUGCCGUCGGGGCCCGGGGUCCGGGCAGAUGAUGCCGUCGGAGAGCGGAGCUGAGCGCGGGGAUGGGGCAGCUGUGCAGGUGGGGAUGGCUGCGGCCACGGCGGUGGCCACGGUAGCCCCGGUAGGCGGCGGCCCCGACCCGGAGGCCUUCUCGGCCUCCCCCGGACGGCACCUGAGCGGGCUGAGCUGGCCACAGGUGAAGCGACUGGACGCUCUCCUAAGCGAGCCGAUUCCCAUCCACGGGCGCGGCAAUUUCCCCACGCUGAGCGUGCAGCCGCGGCAGAUCGUGCAGGUGGUCCGCAGCAGCCUGGAGGAGCAGGGACUACGCGUGCACAGUGUGCGGCUGCAUGGUUCAGCUGCCAGCCACGUGCUACACCCUGAGAGUGGCCUGGGCUACAAGGACCUGGACCUAGUGUUCCAGGUGGACUUGCGCAGUGAGGCAUCCUUCCAGCUGACCAAGGCAGUGGUGCUGGCCUGCCUGCUAGACUUCCUGCCGGCCGGUGUGAGCCGGGCCAAGAUCACCCCACUGACGCUCAAGGAGGCGUACGUACAGAAGCUGGUGAAAGUGUGUACAGACUCAGACCGCUGGAGCCUCAUCUCACUGUCUAACAAGAGCGGCAAGAACGUGGAGCUCAAGUUUGUGGACUCAGUGAGACGCCAGUUUGAAUUCAGCAUAGACUCCUUCCAGAUCAUCUUGGACUCCCUGUUGCUCUUUGGCCAGUGCUCGUCCACUCCCAUGUCUGAGGCCUUCCACCCGACGGUCACAGGCGAAAGCCUGUAUGGGGACUUCGCCGAGGCCCUGGAGCACCUGCGGCACCGUGUCAUCGCCACGCGCAGUCCGGAGGAGAUCCGAGGUGGUGGCCUCCUCAAGUACUGCCACCUCCUGGUGCGGGGCUUUCGGCCCCGGCCCAGCACCGACGUGCGUGCCCUGCAACGCUACAUGUGCUCCCGCUUCUUCAUCGACUUUCCGGACCUGGUGGAGCAGCGGCGCACCCUAGAGCGCUACCUAGAGGCCCACUUCGGUGGAGCUGAUGCCGCCCGCCGCUACUCCUGCCUGGUGACACUACACCGGGUGGUCAACGAGAGUACCGUGUGCCUCAUGAACCAUGAGCGCCGCCAGACGCUGGGCCUCAUUGCUGCACUGGCGCUGCAGGCACUGGCUGAGCAGGGCCCUGCUGCCACUGCUGCCCUGGCCUGGCGCCCACCAGGCACCGAUGGCGUUGUGCCGGCCACUGUCAAUUAUUAUGUGACCCCUGUGCAGCCUCUCCUCACUCGUGCCUAUCCCACCUGGCUGCCUUGUAACUGACUCAGACCCUGGCCAGAAGGGAAGGGACUAGGUCUCACAGGGUGGGGUGGGGCCUCCAAGAGUGUGUGGAGGACAUGAUCAGGGAUAGGCAGCCUGUGCCAGGUGGCCCAGCACUGCAGGGUUGGGCCUUCUAUUGAACAAACCAGACUGCCCUGAGCACAGGGCCACUGUGGGCUUAAGGCCAGGCUGGAGUUCUCAGCUGGAGGACCCUUUGGUUAUUGCAUCACACUUUUGGACCCAGCAUGACAGCGGGGUACAGGAGCCAUUUGUCUUGGAGUUCAGUUGCCUUCAGGAGACAAAGCAAGUUUGGGGUGGUAGCCUUAAUCCCCAGCACCUCAGAUUGAUUCCCAUGGCCUACAAGGGCCUUUUUGACUAGGGCCGGCCUGUGGUGAUCCCGGCAGCUUUGGAGGGCCUGUAGCCCACACACUGACUGAUAUAUGGUAUGUUACAGGGACUUGUCACUUUGGGUUAGGCUGGGCCACUACAGGGCCUGAUGGUCCAACUUGGGUAAUCACUAGGGGGUGGGAAACUGAGGCAUGAGGCAGCUACCUUGGUUUGGGGAGGGCUGGGUUUACCCUGCUUCUCUGAAAUAGAUACCCUAAGCUGUGAAGCCUUCCUCUUGAAGGGUUGAGAUGGGCAGUGCACAGGAGCCAAGCAGCGCAGGCCGGGUCACAGCCCAAGCCCUUCCAGGGUGUCACUCCUUUCCCCCUUGUAUUGCAAGGAGCCCUCCUGCCUGGGAGCUUGUUCUUCGGAGGGUGCUGAGCCUAAUUUGCCACAGUGAAGUCAACAUUCCUGCCCCACUGGCUUGGUUACAGGGCUCUCAUGUGGGGGGGGGGGGAGCCCUGUAACCGCCCUGCACAUUCCCCUGGAUUUGUUGCUAUUUUGCACUCCUAACACCUGCCAAUAAAGAUGGUCUACACUGA